UGUUUUAGAUCUUAAUAGAACGAUGUAUUAUGGUUGGUGCCUUCCCUUCACGGAUGGAUUUGCUCGGAAAAGAUCCUUCUGCGACAGAUAGUGAGAUUGUGUAUCCCAAAGUUCACCGUUUAAACCGUGAUCGACGAAGCUUGAACCCACCAUACUCAGACACCGUGAUGACACUCCAGACUAACAGAACUAUCCUUUACAUUCAGCUCCAUCCAUCUACCAGUAUCAUUAACCCUGAUAUUAUAGCGUCUAUUAAGCACGAGAAUGGAACAACAGAAUCGUUUCGCCCUCUAGCGUUAUCAUCGGAAGAACCGUGUUUGUUUAAAGGCCACGUCAUCAAUGGUAAAGGAGGACAAGUAGCUCUAUCAACGUGUGAAAGUCAGAAUGAAAUG